AUGGCUGGAUUUAUGUUCAACAUUGAUAACGGCUACCUGGAAGGCCUCUGCCGUGGAUUUGUAGGUGGCAUUCUCAAGCAAUCCGACUACCUCAACCUGAUGCAGUGCGAAACGCUCGACGAUCUGAAACUGCAUCUGCAAGGUACGGAUUACGGCAACUUUCUCGCCGACGACGCAUCCCCGCUCUCGACCGGCAUUAUAGCGGAGCGGCUACGCGAGAAGCUGGUGAUUGAGUUUCGCUAUCUGCGCAACCACUCGGUCGGGCCACUGUCCACCUUUCUGGACUACAUCACGUACGGCUACAUGAUCGAUAACAUCAUCCUGCUCAUCACCGGAACGCUCCAUCAUCGAUCCAUCGCCGAACUCAUCUCGAAGUGCCAUCCGCUCGGUCAGUUCGAGCAGAUGGGCGCGCUGCCCGUCGCCUCUACGCUCACCGAUCUGUACUACGCGAUCCUGAUCGACACACCCGUCGCUCCCUUCUUUGCCGACCAUCUGUCCGUGCAGGAAUUGGACGAAGUCAAUGUGGAGGUGCUGCGCAACAAGGUCCAAAGGGCGUACCUUGAGGCGUUCCAUGCGUUCUGUGGCCGGAUCGGUGCCACGACCGCUAGCGUGAUGUGCGACAUACUGGGCUUCGAAGCGGAUCGGCGUGCCAUCAUUGUAACGAUCAAUGCCUUCGAUACGCUGCUAACGAAGGACGUUUGCGCCCGCCUGUAUCCACGCUGCGGUCGGUUACAUCCCGAUGGUCUAGCGGCACUGGUACGGGCGACGGAUUACGUGCAGACCAAGGCAGCCGCCAGCUGUUGCGCCGAGUACGCGGCCAUAUUCGAGGAUGCCGAGCGGAACCCGGACGGCCGGACGCUCGAGGAUCGGUUCAGCGCGCACGAGGUGAAGCUACAUGUGCGCAGCCUGAUGCAGCAGUUCCACUUCGGUGUCUUCUACUCCUACCUUCGGUUGCGCGAACAGGAGCACCGCAACAUCCUCUGGAUUGCCGAGUGCAUCGCCCAGAAAUAUCGCACCAGAAUGGACCACUACAUUCCCAUCUUUCUCGGCCAACCGGGGACCGCGGUUUGA